GGAGGAAAAGCCUCACUUCCUUUUUUCCUAAAACCGCAAUUCUUUUCGGUUCCAGAAAAUUUCUUUUAUACUCGACACAAAGGGAUGAAGAACAAUUUUCAUUCAUUUUUUCUUCUUUCUUACCUUAAAUUUUCAAUCUCUUACAUCUUAGAUUCUUGUUCUGAUCAGUGUCUUGGAUAGUUUGAGUCAAGAAUCCAGCAAAGAAAAAGAAAAAAUAAACAGCAAAGAUGUUGGAGGAUCAAGUGGCUUACCUCUUGCAGAGGUAUUUGGGGAACUACGUGAGAGGUCUCAAUAAAGAAGCUCUUAAGAUCAGUGUUUGGCAAGGUGAUGUUGAGCUAACAAACAUGCAACUGAAGCCAGAGGCACUUAAUGCUUUAAAAUUGCCCGUGAAGGUCAAGGCAGGAUUUCUUGGAUCAGUUAAACUUAAGGUUCCAUGGAGUAGGCUUGGUCAGGAUCCAGUUUUAGUUUACUUGGAUCGCAUUUUUCUGUUAGCUGAACCUGCAACCUCAGUUGAAGGGCGCACUGAGGAUGCUAUCCAAGAAGCUAAGAAAAGCCGAGUACGGGAAAUGGAAAUGAAGCUGUUGGAAAGGACACAUCAAUUGAAAUCUGAAAUGAAUAAAUCAUGGUUGGGAUCCCUUAUAAGCACAAUAAUUGGUAACUUGAAGCUCUCAAUCUCAAAUAUUCACAUCAGAUAUGAGGAUCUUGAGAGCAAUCCUGGCCACCCUUUUGCAGCUGGCCUUACGUUGGAGAAACUCUCAGCUGUAACUGUUGAUGACAGUGGGAAGGAGACUUUUGUUACUGGCGGUGCACUAGAUUGUAUACAGAAGUGUGUUGAACUGGAUCGACUUGCUCUUUAUUUGGAUUCUGAUAUAUUGCCAUGGCAUAUCGAUAAGCCAUGGGAGGAUUUACUUCCUUCUGAGUGGGUUCAGGUUUUUAGAUUUGGUACAAAAUAUGGCAGACCAGCUGAUUGUCCUAUAAAAGAGCACACCUACAUCUUGCAACCAGUGACUGGGAAUGCAAAGUACUUGAAGCUGCGGCAAAAUGAAUCUUCUGAUAGUGGUGAGCCUCUCCAGAAAGCAGCAGUGAACUUGGAUGAUGUGACUCUUUGUUUGUCAAAGGAUGGGUACAGGGAUGUUUUAAAAUUGGCUGACAACUUCACUGCCUUCAAUCAGAGGUUAAAAUAUGCCCAUUACCGUCCAACUGUCAGUUUGAAGUCAGAUCCAAGGUCUUGGUGGAAGUAUGCUUACAAAGCUGUUUCUGAUCAGAUGAAGAAGGCUAGUGGAAAAUUGUCGUGGGAGCAGGUUUUGAGGUAUACAAGGUUGCGCAAGAAAUAUAUAUCCGUAUAUGCAUCCCUGCUUAAAUCUGAUGUGAAUCGGCCAGUAGUUGAUGAUAACAAAGAAAUUGAGGAGCUUGAUCGCGGACUUGAUAUUGAACUUAUACUGCAAUGGAGAAUGUUGGCGCACAAGUUUGUUGAGCAGUCAAUAGAAUCAGAAAAUCACUUGAAGAAGCAGAAAGCUAAACAAUCAUGGUGGUCAUUUGGAUGGGCCAGUCAAUCUCUUAAAGAUGAAAGUGAAUCAUUCAGUUUUAGUGAAGAGGACUGGGAGCGAUUAAACAAAAUUAUAGGGUAUAAGGAAGGUGAUGAAGAGCAGUCACUUAUGAUUAAUGAAAAACCUGAUAUUCUUCAGACUUCUUUGGAGGUUCACAUGAAACAUAAUGCUUCAAAGCUUCUGGAUGGGGCCCAUGCAUGUCUUGCUGAAUUAUCAUGUGAAGGCCUUGAUUGCUCUAUUAAGCUUUAUCCCGAGACAAAAGUGUUUGACUUGAGACUGGGUUCAUAUCAAUUAUCAUCUCCAAGUGGUCUUCUUGCUGAGAGUGCAACUUCAUCCGAUUCUUUAGUUGGUAUUUUCUGCUAUAAGCCUUUCGAUGCAAAAGUAGACUGGAGCAUGGUUGCGAAAGCUUCUCCAUGUUAUGUGACUUAUCUCAAGGACUCCCUUGAUGAAGUUAUCAAAUUUUUUGAAAGUAAUACAGCUGUCAGUCAGACUAUUGCACUGGAAACUGCAGCUGCUGUACAGAUGACAAUUGAUGGAGUCAAACGUUCUGCUCAGCAACAAGUGAACAGGGCUUUGAAGGACCAUGCCAGGUUUCUGCUAGACCUGGAUAUUGCGGCUCCUAAGAUUACAAUUCCUACUGAAUUUCGACCUGACAGCAAGCAUUCGACAAAACUUCUUCUUGAUUUGGGAAAUUUGGUCAUUCGUUCACAGGAUGACUACGCACGUGCAUCUUCUGAGGAGCUGGACUUGUAUUUGCAGUUUGAUUUGGUUUUGAGUGACGUCUCUGCUUUUUUGGUUGAUGGUGAUUACCAUUGGAGCAAAACCUCUCUACAGAAGUCUGCAGCUUCUGCCAUCAUUGAUGGUAUUUGUUUGUUGCCUGUUAUUGACAAAUGCAGGGUAAUCUUAAAGCUUCAGCAGAUUCGCUUAGAGAACCCAUCAUAUCCUUCAACAAGACUUGCUGUGCAAUUACCGUCAUUAGGGUUCCACUUUUCUCCUGCUCGGUACCAUAGAUUGAUGCAAGUAUUUAAGAUCUUUCAAGAUGAGGACAAUGACAGGCCAGAUCUCCUUCGCCCAUGGAAUCAAGCUGACUUUGAGGGUUGGUUGUCUGUUCUUAGUAGGAAGGGUGUGGGACAUAGAGAAGCUGUAUGGCAGCGGCGAUACCUGUGCUUAGUAGGGCCUUUUCUGUACGUACUUGAGAGUCCUGGUUCUAAGUCAUACAAGCAGUAUAUCAGCUUGAGAGGAAAACAAGCUUAUCCAGUUCCAGCUGAAUUGGUUGGUGAUGUGGAAUCUGUAUUGGCUGUUUGUGGUGCUGCACGGUCAAAUAGCAAGGUGGUGGAAGAUGUGAAUGCACUAAUAUUACUUUGUGAUUCUGAUGAUUCGAGGAAAGCAUGGCAAACCCGCCUGCAGGGAGCUAUAUAUCUUGCUUCGGGUUCUGCUCCUAUUAUUAGUCUAUCUGAAGCUUCAUCAGACUCAGAAACAGAACCCAAUGACAAGCAUGAUACAACUGAUUUAGCAAAGAUUGAGAGCAUUUUUAUUACUGGUGUUCUUGAUGAGCUAAAGAUCAGCUUUUGUUAUAAUCAUCGGCAUGAGCGGAGUUUCAUUAAGGUGCUUCUUGCUGAAGAGUAUCCACUAUUUGAAUUCCGAGCAAUAGGUGGUCAGGUUGAGCUUUCAAUAAAAGGGAAUGAUAUGUUCAUUGGCACUGUGCUGAAAUCUUUGGAAAUUGAAGAUAUGAUUUGCUGCAAUACCGUGUCUCGGCCUUGCUACUUGGCAAGAUCUUUUAUACGAAGUGCAGAUGCACAAUCAUUAUUAGAUGAUGCUGAGAAGCAGAAUUUGGAAAGCAAAUCCCCAAGUGAAGGAGAUGAUAAAUUUUAUGAAGCACCUGAAAGUUUGGUUGACCCUGCUGAGUGCACAACACCAACACCUCGAAAAGCAUAUGAAUUCGGUAGUUUGCAGAAAUUUCUGUCAUCAGAGAAAACCUCAUUGACAACUUUAAGUUUUAGUCGUGUUAGUGGUUUACUCCCUGAGGACAACCUUCUUCUGAGAAGGGAGGACAUUGGACUAAGUGAUACGUUAGACAGUUUUGUAAAAGCACAAAUAGUUAUUUAUGACCAGAACUCUCCUCUAUACAACAAUAUUGAUAUGCAGGUCACAGUGACUCUGGCUACAUUGUCAUUUUUCUGUCGUAGACCAACAAUCCUUGCCAUUAUGGAAUUUGCCAAUGCUGUUACUAUCGAGGAUGAAAGCUGUGAAUCUUUUAGUGAUAAUUCUUCAGCAGUUGGUGUGAAGCAUGAUAUUUCCAGUGAAGAUCCUGCUGACAAUCAACAAUCGACCAGUGUUGAGGAGCCUGUGGUCAAAGGUCUGCUAGGAAAAGGGAAAUCCAGAAUUAUUUUCAAUUUAAAAUUAAAUAUGGCUCAUGCUCAGAUUUUGUUGAUGAAUGAAAAUGAAACUAAGCUUGCUACAUUGUCGCAAGAAAAUCUGCUCACUGAUAUAAAGGUGUUCCCAUCCUCUUUCAGUAUAAAUGCAGCAUUGGGGAAUUUGAGAAUAAGUGAUGACAGUCUCCCUAGCAGCCAUAUGUAUUUUUGGAUCUGUGAUAUGAGAGAUCCUGGAGGCACUUCAUUUGUUGAGUUGGAAUUUACUUCAUUUAGCAUUGAUGAUGAAGAUUAUGAAGGUUACGAGUAUAGCCUUGUUGGCCAACUUUCAGAAGUACGCAUUGUUUACUUGAAUCGCUUGGUGCAGGAGGUUAUUAGUUAUUUUAUGGGUCUUGUUCCCAAGGAUUCAAAAGACGUUGUUAAAUUCAAAGAUCAAGUUACAAACUCGGAGAAGUGGUUCACGACUAGUGAAAUUGAAGGAUCACCUGCUUUAAGGUUGGAUCUUUCACUCAGGAAACCUAUAAUUCUGAUGCCUCGCAGGACCGACAGCCUUGAUUACCUGAAGCUUGAUGUUGUUCAUAUUACUGUGCAAAAUACCUUCCAAUGGUUUUCUGGCAGUAAAAGUGACUUGAAUGCUGUCCAUUUCGAAAUAAUGACAAUUCUGGUUGAGGACAUCAAUUUAAAUGUUGGUACUGAAUCAGAUUUAGGUGAAAGUAUUAUUAAGGAUGUCAAGGGGGUUUCUAUUGUUAUCCGGAGGUCCCUUCGAGACUUAAUGCAUCAAGUACCAAGUAUUGAAGCUGCAAUCAAGAUAGAGGAAUUGAAAGCUGAGUUGUCAAACAAGGAGUAUCAGAUUGUUACUGAAUGUGCAGUGUCUAAUAUAUCUGAGACCCCACAUAUUGUGCCGCCAUUAAGCAGUGAUUUUCUGACAUCAUCAGUAGAUGUUGUAGAACCUGUUAUUCCCCAAAAUGUGGUUGGUGAGCCUAGUACUCCAAAUGAUGAAACUUGGACUGUCAUGAAAGUUUCUUUUGUUGUCAAUCUAGUUGAAUUGUGCUUAUAUGUUGGGGAGUGGGAUUCACCUCUGGCUACCGUACAGGCAAGUGGCGCAUGGCUCCUCUACAAGUCUAAUACACUAGGCGAAGGUUUUCUCUCAUCAAGUCUUAAGGGUUUCACUGUGAUUGAUGAUCGUUUGGGAACUGAAGAAGAGUUUAGGUUGGCAAUAGGGAUGCCUAAGAACCCUCUAGUUUCUGUUUCUGAUACCAACAGCCAACUCAUAUCUAAGGGAAAUGUUACAAUAGAGGAUGGUUUCAAACCAUUUCCAACAAUGCUUAUUCUUGAUGCAAAAUUUAGUCAAUUCUCAACAUCUGUUUCUGUUUGUGUCCAGAGGCCACAACUGCUUGUAGCACUUGAUUUUCUGCUGGCACUAGUUGAGUUUUUUGUUCCAACAGUUGGCAGUAUGCUGUCAAAUGAAAAAGAUAAGAAGUCCUUACAUAUGGUAGAUGCAAUUACUUUGGAUAAGUCAACAUACACACAACCAUCUGCUCAAUUCUCUCUCUCUCCUGUGAAACCUUUAAUUGCUGAUGAUGAAAAGUUUGAUCAUUUUAUUUAUGAUGGUAAUGGAGGAAUAUUGUAUUUAAAAGAUAGAGAAGGAGUUGAUCUUUCUGCACCUAGUAAUGAGGCUAUGAUAUAUGUUGGGAAUGGAAAAAAACUGCAAUUCAAGAAUGUUCUUAUCAAGAAUGGACAAUUUUUAGAUUCAUGUAUUUCACUGGGAACCAACAGUGGCUACUCUGCUUCGAAGGAUGAUCUAGUCUACAUAGAGGGAGGAAAUGAAGGUGUGCAAGUGGAUGCUUCAAGGGAAAAUGCUAAAGAUAUGGCACCUCAAAAUGCUGUGGUUGACAGAUCUGCAGAGUUUAUCAUCGAGUUUCAGGCAAUUGGUCCAGAACUGACCUUUUAUAAUGCAUCAAAAAAUGUGGUGGAAUCACCAGUCUUGUCCAACAAACUUUUGCAUGGUCAGUUGGAUGCUUAUGGAAGGCUUGUUCUGAAAGGUGAUACUGUUGAGAUGACUGUAAAUGCCCUCGGCUUGACAAUGGAGAGUAAUGGAAUCAGAAUUUUGGAACCUUUUGACAUGUCCAUUAAGUAUUCAAAUGCUUCUGGAAAGACAAAUAUACAUUUAGCUGUUUCAGACAUAUUCAUGAAUUUUUCAUUCAGCAUCCUGAGAUUGUUUUUAGCGGUUGAAGAAGAUAUUUUGGCCUUUCUAAGGACAGCAUCAAAGGAAAUGACUGUAGUUUGCUCUCAGUUUGACAGAGUUGGAAAAAUUAUAAAUUCUAACAAUGACCAGAUAUAUGCCUUUUGGAGAGCUCGUGCACCAGUCGGUUUUGCAGUUCUUGGCGACUAUCUGACACCAUUGGACAAACCACCUACAAAAGGGGUUCUUGCUGUAAACACCAACUAUGUGCCAGUCAAGAGACCUGUAUCUUUUAAUCGAAUUUGGCCACCUUUAGAUUCUGGAGGCAUCUCUGAUGUAGGUGAAGUUAAAUCCAAUUCAUUGUCUAAUGGUAUGCUUGGUGAUGGAGAGAGCAGCUGCUCUGUUUGGUUCCCUGAAGCACCCGAAGGUUAUGUUGCAUUGGGCUGUGUGGUUUCCCCUGGAAAAUUGCGACCAUCACCAUCUUCUACUUUCUGCAUCUUGGCUUCUUUUGUUUCUCCUUGUUCACUCAGGGAUUGCAUUACCAUCACUGAUACUAAUCUAUACCCAUCCAGUCUGGCAUUUUGGCGCGUGGAUAAUUCCCUUGGUACCUUCUUGCCAGCAGAACCCACAACUUUCAGCUUGUUAGCUAGAGCGUAUGAAUUACGUCAUGUGAUGAUUGGGUCUUCCGAAGUCUAUCCAAAAGCAUCUAUAAGUUCACACAUCCAAGCUUCUCCAUCUGGUCACACCCACAAUCAGUGGUCUGAAAGUUCAACUGUUGUAAAUUCUGGUCGGCGUUUUGAAGCUGUUGCUAGUUUUAGGUUGGUGUGGUGGAAUAGAGGUUCAAGCUCAAGGAAGCAACUAUCAAUAUGGCGUCCAGUGGUCCCUCAAGGAAUGGUGUAUUUUGGUGAUAUUGCUGUUCAAGGGUAUGAGCCUCCAAAUACAUGCAUUGUUCUUCAUGAUGGCGGAGAUGAAGAGCUCUUCAAAUCUCCUUUAAGCUUCCAGCUUGUUGGACAGAUUAAGAAACAGAGAGGAAUAGAGAGUAUCUCUUUUUGGUUGCCUCAAGCUCCUCCAGGUUAUGUUGCUUUAGGUUGUAUUGCAUAUAAGGGCCCACCAAAGCUACAAGAUUUUAGUGCAUUAAGAUGCAUCCGCAGUGAUAUGGUAACUGGAGAUCAAUUUCUGGAAGAAAGUGUUUGGGACACAUUAGAUGCCAAAUUUGGUACGGAACCAUUUAGCAUUUGGGCUGUUGCUAACGAGUUGGGAACUUUUGUUGUCCGUGGUGGUUCCAGAAAACCUCCAAGAAGGUUUGCUUUAAAGCUGGCAGAUCCAUAUUUACAGAGUGGUUCAGAUGAUACUGUUGUUGAUGCAGAAAUAGGGACCUUUUCUGCAGCACUUUUUGAUGAUUAUGGUGGCCUGAUGGUUCCGUUGUUUAAUAUAUCAUUGAGUGGAAUAUCCUUCAGUUUACAUGGAAGACCUGACUAUUCAAAUUCUACUGUUAGCUUCUCUUUGGCUGCCAGAUCAUAUAAUGAUAAAUAUGAAUCAUGGGAACCGAUUGUUGAGCCAGUGGAUGGGUUUUUAAGAUACCAGUAUGAUCCCAAUGCCCCUGGUGCAGCUUCUCAGUUACGUUUCACCUCCACGAGGGAUCUCAACUUGAAUAUGUCAGUGUCUAAUGUUAAUAUGAUUAUUCAAGCUUAUGCAAGCUGGAAUAAUCUUAGUGAUGUUCAUCAAUAUUAUAAAAGACCGGAAGCAUUUUUUUCAAGCUAUGCUACAAGAUCUAUUGUUGAUGUCCAUCACAAGAGAAGUUAUUACAUCAUCCCACAAAAUAAACUUGGUCAGGACAUUUUUAUUCAGGCCAGUGAGACGGGAGGGUUCUCAGAUAUUAUUAGAAUGCCAUCUGGGAAUAUGAAGCCUAUAAAAGUGCCUGUUUCGAAGAAUAUGUUGGACUCACACUUGAAAGGAAAGAUAUGCAGGAAAGUUAGAACAAUGGUGGCAGUCAUUAUAGCAGAUGCAAUGUUCCCCAGAGUUGAAGGGUUGACUUCUCCCCAAUAUACCGUAGCUGUGCGCCUUUCUCCUGACAAUAGCCUUCCAAGUGAAUCACUGCUUCAUCAUCAAAGUGCACGCACAUGUGGAUGCAUCUCAAGUCACUUUUCUUCCGAUAUUGAAUUGGUUGACUGGAAUGAAAUAUUUUUCUUUAAAGUUGACUCUCCAAUCUCCUACACAGUGGAGCUAAUUGUUACUGACAUGGGAAAAGGUGAUGCAAUCGGAUUUUUUUCAGCACCCUUGAAUCAGAUAGCCAUGUAUGUUCCAGAUGAUUCCCAUAAGUAUGAUUACAAUAAUAGCUUAAUGUGGAUGGACUUAUCCUUGGCAGCAUCUAUGAAUACAACUCAAGCAGAUGGUAGUGACAAGAAGUCAAGUGGGAAAUUAAGAUGUGCUAUAAUUCUGUCACCUAAACCUAAUGUUGAUGAGAGAAAUGAACUCUUUAUUGGUGGCAGAAAAUCUGGAUUUAUUCAGAUAAGUCCUAGCAUGGAGGGACCUUGGACUACAGUGCGGCUGAACUAUGCUGCACCAACUGCAUGUUGGCGCUUAGGCAAUGAUGUUGUUGCUAGUGAAGUUAGUGUGAAGGAUGGCAACAGAUAUGUAAAUAUUAGGUCCUUUGUUUCUGUACAUAACAACACGGAUUUUAUCCUUGAUUUGUGUCUUGUGCGCAAAGCUUCCAGUGAGAUGAUGGAGCCACCUACUGAUGUAAGCAUGCCUGAAGGUUUACAAGUUGAUGGUAGAACUCAGACAGAUGAGUUAUUUGAAACUGAAAUGUAUGAUCCAAAUAUUGGGUGGGUUGGCAGCAAUGUUCAACUGAAUCAAGAUCAAACUGAUGGUGGUGGCUUUCAGCAGGCAACUUCUGGAGUUGAGUUACCAUCAGGCUGGGAAUGGAUAGAUGAUUGGCAUUUGGAUACGUCAUCUACUAAUACUGCAGCUGGAUGGGUUUAUGCUCCAGAUUUUGAAAGCCUAAAAUGGCCUGAGUCAGAUGAUUCCCUAAUAUUUUCAAAUUCUGUGAGGCAAAGGAAAUGGAUCAGGAACCGAAAACAAAUAUCAUUCGAUCCAAAGAAGGAGAUAUUUGUGGGUCAAUUGAAACCUGGUGAUAGAGUACCUCUUCCCUUAUCAGCCUUGACUCAAUCUGGAUUAUUUGUGUUUCAGUUGCGACCUUCAAAUCUUGAUGGUUCUGAUAAGUACUCUUGGAGUUAUGUGGUCGGAAAGCCUGGUCGACUGGAGGUUUCUGGAAAACCUAACGGCAUUUCUGAGAUAUAUGUAUCAGCUCUCACUGAGUCUGAGGAAUUGUUGUGCUGCACCCAGCUAAGUGAGGCCUCUUCAAAUGCUUCUUCACAUAGAUUAUGGUUUUGUUUAAGCAUACAAGCAACCAAGAUUUCAAAGGACAUCCGAUCUGAUCCUAUCAUGGACUGGAGUCUUGUGAUCAAAUCCCCGUUGUCUAUCACCAACUAUCUUCCUCUUACAGCGGAAUAUUCUAUCCUUGAGAUGCGAGCAAGUGGUCAUUUUAUUGCCUGCUCCAGAGGAAUAUUUUUACCUGGAAGAACUGUAAAUAUUUAUAAUGCUGAUACAUGUAAUCCUUUAUUCUUCUCACUACUUCCACAGAAAGGAUGGCUACCAAUAUGUGAAGCUGUACUGAUAUCUCAUCCUCGUGAAAUUCCAUCCAAAACAAUAAGCUUAAGAAGUUCAAUUUCUGGAAGGAUUGUUCAUCUCAUUGUUGAACAAAAUUAUGAAAAAGAACAAACAAUGAUGGCAAAAACCAUCAGAGUUUAUGCUCCUUACUGGUUUUCAGUUUCCAGAUGUCCACCACUUACAUACAGGCUUGUCAACAUUGGAGGGAAAAAACACAAGAGGAAGAUUGGUUUUCCACUUCAUUCUAAAAUGAAAAAUGAAGGCAUCAUUGAUGAAAUAACAGAUGAGGAAAUGUACAGUGGUCAUACAAUUGCCUCUGCUUUGAACUUUAAUUUUUUGGGCCUCUCUGUAUCACUUUCUGCGUCUAGCAAUGAGCACUUUGGACCUGUUAAAGAUCUUUCUCCCCUUGGUGACAUGGAUGGAUCUGUGGAUCUCUAUGCUUAUAAUGCUGACGGUAAAUGCAUGCGGCUUUUUAUUUCUGCAAAGCCCUGUCCUUAUCAGUCUGUCCCUACAAAGGUGAUUACUGUCCGACCAUACAUGACCUUUACUAACAGACUUGGUCGGGAUAUAUACAUCAAGUUAAGCAGUGAAGAUGAGCCUAAGGUUCUUCGUGCAUCUGAUUCAAGAAUCUCCUUUGUACAUAAUGAGAAUGGUGGAACGGAUAAACUUCAGGUCCAACUAGAAGAUACAGAGUGGUCAUUUCCUGUUCAAAUAGUGAAAGAGGAUACUAUCACAUUGGUUUUAAGGCGGCAUGAUGCUACAAGGACCUUUUUGAAAGUAGAAAUACGCGGCUAUGAAGAAGGAUCACGUUUUAUAGUGGUAUUCCGCCUUGGAUCAACUAAAGGUCCUGUCAGGAUUGAGAAUAGAACCACCAUCAAAACAAUAUGCAUUCGCCAAUCUGGAUUUGGUGAGGAUGCAUGGAUAAGUUUAGGACCUCUUUCAACUACAAAUUUUUCCUGGGAAGAUCCAUAUGGACAGAAAUUCAUUGAUGCUAAAAUUGAUGGAGAUUUCAAUAACCGAGUCUUGAAAGUUGAUCUGGCAAGGGCUGGGCAAUUUUCUUCUGGUGAAGAACUUGGAAUGCAGUUGCAUGUUUUUGAAACAGGUAACAUCAAAGUUGUUAGGUUCACAGAUGAUCAGACAUGGAAGGUGAGUUCAUGUGAAGAUGCAGGGCCACUGACAUCUGCUGAAAAGCCACAGAUCAAUGUCACACCUGUAGAAAUCAUCAUUGAGUUAGGAGUUGUUGGGGUAUCUGUUGUGGACCACAUGCCAAAAGAGCUCUUUUACUUGUACCUGGACAGAGUCUUUAUAUCAUAUUCUACCGGCUACGAUGGUGGAACUACCAGCAGGUUCAAGCUCAUAAUGGGCCAUUUGCAGAUUGACAAUCAGCUUCCUCUAACAUUAAUGCCAGUGCUCUUGGCACCUGAACAGAUGAGCGAUAUUCAUCAUCCUGUAUGUAAGAUGACUAUUACAAUGCAAAAUGCAAACACUGAUGGCAUCCAGGUCUAUCCAUAUGUAUAUAUACGGGUGACCGACAAGUGUUGGAGGCUUAAUAUUCAUGAACCGAUCAUCUGGGCAUUAGUUGAUUUCUAUAACAAUCUCCAGCUAGAUCACAUUCCCCAAAGUUCUAGCGUCACUGAAGUUGACCCAGAGAUACGUGUUGACCUAAUAGAUGUUUCAGAAGUAAGGUUGAAAGUGUCUUUAGAGACUGCACCAGCUCAGAGACCUCAUGGGGUUUUGGGUGUAUGGAGUCCUAUACUUUCUGCUAUUGGAAAUGCAUUUAAAAUUCAGGUGCAUCUAAGGAGGGUGAUGCGCAAAGACAGAUUCAUGCGGAGAAGUUCCAUAGCUUCUGCAGUUGGAAACCGUAUUUGGAGAGAUCUAAUUCAUAACCCUCUACAUUUGUUAUUUUCAGUAGAUGUACUUGGUAUGACUAGUUCGACGUUGGCCUCUCUGAGUAAAGGAUUUGCAGAGCUUUCAACUGAUGGACAGUUUCUGCAAUUGCGUUCAAAGCAGGUAACGUCAAGGAGAAUCACUGGGGUAGGUGAUGGAAUCAUUCAAGGAACAGAAGCUCUUGCACAAGGUGUGGCUUUUGGGGUGUCUGGAGUUGUGACUAAACCAGUGGAAAGUGCCAGACAGAAUGGUCUCUUGGGACUUGCUCAUGGAAUUGGGCGUGCUUUCGUAGGAUUUAUUGUUCAACCAGUGAGUGGGGCAUUAGAUUUCUUCUCAUUGACAGUGGAUGGGAUUGGCGCCAGUUGUUCCAAAUGUUUGGAGGUUUUGAAUAGCAAAAGCACCUUCCAGAGAAUUAGAAACCCUCGUGCUAUUCAUGCUGAUGGUGUACUUAGAGAGUAUUCUGAGAGAGAAGCUACUGGUCAGAUGGUGCUCUAUUUGGCAGAAGCAAGUCGACAUUUUGGCUGUACGGAAAUAUUCAGAGAGCCCUCAAAAUUUGCUUGGUCUGAUUAUUACGAAGAGCAUUUUAUUGUACCAUACCAGAAAAUAGUUUUAGUGACCAACAAGCGAGUUAUGCUAUUGCAGUGUUCAUCUCUUGACAAGAUGGACAAAAAACCUUGCAAGAUCAUGUGGGAUGUCCCAUGGGAAGAGCUCAUGGCACUGGAGUUGGCAAAAGCAGGUUAUCAGCUGCCUUCUUACUUGCUCCUUCAUCUUAAGAAUUUUAGGAGAUCAGAAACUUUUGUUCGAGUGAUAAAGUGCAGUGUUGAAGAAGUUGAGGGGAUAGAACCGCAAGCUGUUAAGAUCUGUUCAGUAGUGCGUAAGAUGUGGAAAGCACAUCCGUCUGACAUGAACAACAUUGUGCCAAAGAUUGCCCAUGUUCAGGUUCCUUCAAGCCAGAGAUAUGUACAUUUUGCUUGGAGUGAGACUGACAGGAAACCUCUGCAUGCCUCUAAGAAAUCCAUCAUCAAGUCAGGGGAGCCCUCAUCAAGUUCUGCAUCUGAUGAAACAAAAUUUGUUAAACACAGUAUAAACUUUCUGAAGAUCUGGAGCAGUGAGAGAGAAUUGAAAGGUCGAUGUGCAUUAUGUAGAAAACAGGUAGCAGAUGAUGGUGGAGUAUGUAGCAUUUGGAGGCCCAUUUCUCCGGACGGGUAUGUCUCCGUUGGUGACAUAGCUCGUAUUGGGAGCCAUCCUCCUAAUGUUGCUGCUGUUUACCGAAACAUUGACAAUCUAUUUACAUUUCCUGUGGGUUAUGACCUGGUAUGGAGGAAUUGUCCGGAUGACUACACAAAUCUGGUCUCAAUUUGGUAUCCGCGAGCUCCAGAGGGAUACACUGCUCCUGGAUGUGUUGCUGUAGCAGGUUUUGCAGAGCCAGAAGCCGACUUGGUACGUUGCGUGGCGGAAACACUUGCAGAGGAAACAACGUUCGAGGAGCAGAAGGUUUGGUCUGCACCGGAAUCAUAUCCAUGGGGUUGUCAUAUUUACCAAGUCCAAAGUGAUGCUCUUCAUUUUGUUGCUCUAAGGGAAAGUAAAGAAGAAUCCGAGUGGAGCGCCACGAGGGUUCGCGAUGAUCUCCCGCUUCUGCAAUCAUCAGAAGCUCAGUGAAUUUUGGUAUUGUUAGAGACAGAAGGUGAGGUUCUGUUAAGUAAAAUGGUUUGAGCUGGCGGAUAAACCAAGUGGAAGAACCUGUUUGAUGUGUUGUGAUUUUAUUACUUGUUCUUUUAUAGUGAAAUAGGGUGCUCCAUUCAUUCUCUUCUGUAAAACAAAAUUUUGUCUCUCUGGUUAAAAAAAAAAAAUUACAGUGUAUACAAAACCAAUAAAAUUAGUGAAUUUUUGAGAAAAUUUUAGAGGUGUU